CCCUGCACCGGGGCCCGCAUGGCGGCCGGCACGCGCCCGGCGGCCGGACCUCGGUCCCGCGCUGCCAUGGCCCAGUGGAGGAAAAAGAAGGGGCUGCGGAAGCGCCGAGGCGCGGCCUCCCAGGCCCGCAGCAGCGACUCGGAGGACGGCGAGUUUGAGAUCCAGGCGGAAGAUGACGCCCGGGCCCAGAAGCUGGGACCUGGCAGACCCCUGCCCAGCUUCCCCACCUCAGAGUGCACCUCAGACGUGGAGCCGGACACGCGGGAGAUGGUACGCGCCCAGAACAAGAAGAAGAAGAAGUCCGGAGGCUUCCAGUCCAUGGGCUUGAGCUACCCGGUGUUCAAGGGCAUCAUGAAGAAGGGCUACAAGGUGCCAACACCCAUCCAGAGGAAGACCAUCCCGGUGAUCCUGGAUGGCAAGGACGUGGUGGCCAUGGCCCGGACCGGCAGCGGCAAGACGGCCUGCUUCCUCAUCCCCAUGUUCGAGCGGCUCAAGACCCGUAGCGCCCAGACUGGGGCCCGCGCCCUCGUCCUCUCGCCCACCCGUGAGCUGGCCCUGCAGACCAUGAAGUUCACCAAGGAGCUCGGCAAGUUCACAGGCCUCAGGACCGCCCUGAUCCUGGGUGGGGACAAGAUGGAAGACCAGUUUGCUGCCCUGCAUGAAAAUCCCGACAUAAUCAUUGCUACCCCCGGGCGCUUGGUGCACGUGGCUGUGGAGAUGAACCUGAAGUUGCAGAGUGUGGAGUACGUGGUGUUCGAUGAGGCAGACAGGCUCUUUGAGAUGGGCUUUGCCGAGCAGCUGCAGGAAAUCAUCGGCCGCCUCCCCGGGGGCCACCAGACCGUCCUGUUCUCUGCCACGCUGCCCAAACUGCUGGUGGAGUUCGCCCGCGCGGGCCUCACGGAGCCCGUGCUCAUCCGGCUCGAUGUAGACGCCAAGCUCAACGAGCACCUCAAGACCUCCUUCUUCCUUGUGCGCGAGGACACCAAGGCUGCCGUGCUGCUUCACCUGCUGCGCACCGUGGUGCGGCCCCAGGACCAGACGGUGGUGUUUGUGGCCACGAAGCACCACGCCGAGUACAUCAGCGAGCUGCUGACGACGCAGGGGGUGAGCUGCGCCCACAUCUAUAGCGCCCUGGACCAGACGGCCCGCAAGAUCAACCUCGCCAAGUUCACCCACGGCAAGUGCUCCGCCCUCAUCGUGACUGACCUGGCAGCCCGCGGCCUGGACAUCCCGCUCCUUGACAACGUCAUCAACUACAGCUUCCCUGCCAAGGGCAAGCUCUUCCUGCACCGCGUGGGCCGCGUGGCCCGGGCUGGCCGAAGCGGCACAGCCUACUCCUUGGUGGCCCCAGACGAGGUCCCCUAUCUGCUGGACCUGCACCUGUUUCUCGGCCGCGCCCUCACUCCUGCCCGCCCCCGUGAGGGGUCCUCAGGCGCGGUCAGUGUGGACGGCGUGCUGGGCCGGGUGCCGCAGAGCGUGGUGGACGACGAGGAGGGUGGCCUGCAGAGCACCCUGGUGGCGUCACUGGAGCUACGGGGCCUGGGCCGGGUGGCCGACAACGCUCAGCGACAGUACGUGCGCUCCCGGCCUGCGCCCUCGCCCGAGUCCAUCAAGAGGGCCAAGGAGCUGGACCUCGCAGGGCUGGGCCUGCACCCCCUCUUCAGCUCGCGCUUCGAGGAGAAGGAGCUGCAGAGGCUGAAGCUGGUAGACAGCAUCAAGAACUACUGCUCACGGGCGACCAUCUUUGAGAUCAACGCCUCCAGCCGGGACCUGAGCAGCCAGGUGAUGCGCGCCAAGCGGCAAAAGCACCGCAAGGCCAUCGCCAGCUUCCGGCAGGGGCGGCAGGGGCGGCAGGAGGACACAGCUGGCCCCGCCCCAGGCUGCCCGGCACCCCAGGAAGAGAAGCCCGAGGAGGAGGAGGCAGCGGGAGAGAGUGUGGAGGAUGUCUUCACGGAGGUCAUGGGCCGGAAGCGGCCGCAGCCGGGACCUGACCGGGGAGCCAAGAGGCGGAGGGAGGAGGCCCGGCAUCGGGACCGGGAAUUCUACGUCCCCUACCGGCCCAAGGACUUCGACAGUGAGAGGGGCUUGAGCAUCGGUGGGGACGGGGGGGCAUUCGAGCAGCAGGUGGCUGGCGCUGUCCUGGACCUGAUGGGGGAUGAAGCCCAGAACCUGACCAGGGGCCGGCAGCAGCUCAAGUGGGACCGGAAGAAGAAGCGGUUUGUGGGACAGUCGGGACAGGAGGACAAGAAAAAGAUCAAGACCGAGAGUGGCCGCUACAUCAGCAGCUCCUACAAACGGGACCUCUACCAGAAGUGGAAACAGAAACAGAAAAUCGAUGAUCGUGACUCAGAAGACGAAGGAACAUCCCACCAGCGAGGCCCAGAGCGAAGAGGUGGGAAGCGGGGCAGAGGCCAAGGUGCGUCCCAGCCCCGCACUCCAGGCGCCCCUGCAGGCCGCGUGCGCUCAGAGCUCAAGACCAAGCAGCAGAUUCUGAAGCAACGGCGCCGAGCGCAGAAGUUGCGCUUCCUGCAGCGAGGGGGCCUGAAGCAGCUCUCCGCCCGCAACCGGCGCCGAGCCCAGGAGCUGCAGCGGGGCGCCUUCGGCCGGGGCGCCCGCGCCAAGAAGGGCAAGAUGAGGAAGAGGAUGUAAGGCACGUGACCCAGCCCCCUGGCUCCUCACGCGGUGCAGGGGUGGACGUCAGCAGAUGUCCCCGAGUGCCACUGCGUGCCUGGCCCUGUGCCGGCCGCUGGCGGAGCUCUCUGCAGAAGAGGGGUGCUGCCUGGCCACACAGGGUCUUCAGGGGUGCGCGGGGCGGUUGCCGGCAAGGUCGGGACGGCCAAAACCCGGGGUGGCCACUCAGCUGCUGCUGCUUCCAUGUGUUCUGGGCGGUUCCUGAGUUCAGAGCUGGUGGCCACUCGGGGCCGAGCCCUCAGUGCCUAAGGCCCAGUGAUGUAUUUUUAAUGUAAUAAACCUUUACUGCGCA